AUGCUGCGCCAGCUGAGUCUGACGAACGCCGUCAAAAACGUCGGAAGACGAUGGAACGCGCGCAAUAAAUUGCUUAGGAUGUAUGGAAACCCAUGCCAGGGCUGCAAAUGUUUCGGCUCGCAGGCGACAACGCCCUGCGCGCCAAAGCCUACGCAGGCUGCAGCGGCGCCCGAGUUCGAUCUGAGAUUCGUGGACCCGCUGAAGAAGGCUGGAUGUUCGGAGGGAUAUGAAUUCGAGAGGCUGGACGACCUCAGCAGCCUCAUCAAGGUUGUAGACUCGUCCGUGCCCUCGAUUACCGACGCGACACCCGUAAAGAUGCUGACGAUACCUCCACGAGUGAUCGAGGAGCUUACGGAGCGGGCGUUUGUCGAGAUUAUGCAUUUUCUGAGGGCGGAUCACCUCAAGCAACUGCGGGGAAUCCUGGAUGACGCAGAGGCCAGCAAUAACGAUAGAUUCGUUGCCAUGCAGCUGCUCAAAAACGCAUGCGUCGCAUCGGGAGGGGUACUGCCAGGGUGCCAGGACACUGGCACCGCCAUUGUAAUCGGCAAGCGGGGCAACCGUGUAUUCACCGAGGGCGACGAAGCCGCUAUCGCCAAAGGGGUAUACAACGCAUACGUCCAGCGGAAGUUCAGGUACAGCCAAAUGUCGCCUCUCAGCAUGUUUGAGGAGGUCAGCACGAAAUGCAACUUACCGGCACAAAUCGAAUUGUACGCGAAGGAAGGGGAUGCUUACAAUUUCCUGUUCAUCGCCAAGGGUGGUGGAUCAGCGAACAAGACCUUCUUGUACCAGCAGACAAAGGCGGUGCUGAAUCCGGACGUGCUGCUAAACUUCUUGGUGGACCAGAUCAAAACCAUCGGAACAUCAGCCUGUCCGCCGUAUCAUCUGGCUGUGGUAAUCGGAGGGCUCUCGGCGGAAAUGACGCUGAAGACAGUGAAGCUUGCCAGCUGCAAGUACCUGGAUGGGCUGCCCAAGGAGGGUGGCAGCUUCGGCCAAGCCUUUAGAGACGUCAAGCUGGAGAGCGAAAUACUGGAUAUGACGCGGAAUCUAGGUAUAGGUGCGCAAUUCGGUGGAAAGUACUUCUGCCAUGACGUCAGGGUCGUACGACUGCCGCGACAUGGAGCGUCAUGUCCCAUCGGUAGGCCCCUUGUGUUUAGAACGCACAUCUGUUGUCCAGGAAUUGGGGUGUCCUGCUCGGCUGAUCGGCAGAUAAUGGCCAAAAUUGAUGCUUCCGGCGUCUACCUGGAAAAACUGGAACAUGACCCAGCACGCUUCCUGCCAGCCAUCGAGGAAGCCAAUGGCGCAGAAGAGGUCAUUGUGAACCUGGAUGCGGGAAUGGAUAAGGUGCUUGAGCAGAUCAGAAAGUACCCAACGAAGCAGCGGUUGCUGUUGAACGGAACUAUGAUAGUGGCCAGGGACAUCGCACAUGCCAGGCUCAGCCAGAUACUGAAGGAAACGGGAGAUCUGCCGGACUACGCCAAGCAGUACCCGAUAUACUACGCAGGACCGGCCAAGCGACCUGACGGAUUAGUGAGUGGCUCGUUUGGGCCUACCACUGCGGGGAGGAUGGACAGCUACGCGGCCAUGUUCAUGGAGAAGCAGGCGUCGCUCAUAACACUGGCCAAGGGCAACCGGUCACGCGCAUUCGCCAACGCCUGCAAAAAGUACGGAGGGGUCUACCUCGGAUCGGUAGGAGGGCCCGCGGCGCUCAUAGCCAAGGACUGCAUAACCAGCGUCGAGGUCAUUGAUUUCCCCGAGCUGGGCAUGGAAGCGGUGCACAAAAUCACCGUCAAAAACUUCCCAGCCUUUGUGGUCGUCGACGCGCAGGGAAACGACUUCUACAAAGAGUGGUGUGGAUGA